AUGAAGGACCUCAGUGCUGCCACAUCAAUCCUCAGCAUGAAGAUCAACUACAACCAUGUUGAUGGACUCAUGCAACUCCACCAACAUGGACACAUCAACAAGCUCCUGCAGACAUUCAACAUGAGCAACUGCAACCCAGCAACCACACCCAUGGAGGUUGGACUCACACUCAACAACAGUGAAACACUGAGUGACAAGAUACCAUACUGCCAAAUCAUUGGCAAGCUGCUCUACAUUGCCAUUGUGUUGAGACCAGACAUUGCAUACACUGUCAGCUACCUCUCCUGCUUCAUGGUGUCCUUCAACAACACACACUGGACCACAGCAAAACACAUCCUACACUACCUCAAGGGCACCUGA